AUGCAUUCUUCUACUCUCUUCACCAUUCUUGCUGCCGUCGCAACUCUCACCGCGGCUGCUCCCGCUGCUGAGUCCAAGCGCGACGACACCGUUUGCGCUCCCGGUACGGGAUUCUUCCAAUCCUGCAGCAACGGCUUCAAGGGCUGCUGCAAGGGCGACGCUUGCACUCUCGGCUACUGCCCUGAUGUUUCCAUCGACAACUCUGCGCCAGUAGAGAACGCCCAACAGAACCACUGGAAGCCUGCCGACCCAACCGUUUGCGCCCCCAACACCGGCUUUUUCCAAUCCUGCAGCAACGGCUUCAAGGGUUGCUGCAAGGCUGACGCCUGCACCCUUGGCUACUGCCCUGACGUUGUGGUCAAGCGUGAUGACACUGUUUGCGCUCCUGGUACCGGCUUCUUCCAGUCUUGCUCCAACGGUUUCCGCGGAUGCUGCAAGUCUGACGCUUGCACUCUCGGAUACUGCCCCAACAGCGCUGUCGAGCCCACCCCCAAGGUCACCGAGACCCCCGUUUCUCACGAGGGACACUGGAAGCCUGAGACCAACACCGUUUCCUCGGACCCCACUGUCUGCGCUCCCGGAACUGGCUUCUUCCAAUCCUGCAGCAACGGCUUCAAGGGUUGCUGCAAGGCUGACGCCUGCACCCUUGGCUACUGCCCUGACGUUGUGGUCAAGCGUGAUGACACUGUUUGCGCUCCUGGUACCGGCUUCUUCCAGUCUUGCUCCAACGGUUUCCGUGGAUGCUGCAAGUCUGACGCUUGCACUCUUGGAUACUGCCCUGACGUUCAGGCUCCCAAGCCAGUUGUGAAGCGCGAUGACACCGUUUGUGCCCCUGGCACUGGUUUCUUCCAGUCCUGCUCCAACGGUUUCCGUGGAUGCUGCAAAGCCGAUGCUUGCACUCUUGGAUACUGCCCUGAUUUUAAGAUCCCUGAGCCAGUUGUCAAGCGCGACGACACCGUCUGCGCUCCUGGUACCGGCUUCUUCCAGUCGUGCUCCAACGGUUUCCGUGGAUGCUGCAAGUCUGAUGCUUGCACUCUUGGAUACUGCCCGGACGUCAAGGCUUUCAAGACCCUCACCAAGACUGCUCCUAAGGCUACCGCUACUCCCGCUCCCCAGGCUGACCACGAGUGGCACGCCGAGCCCACUUCGAACGAUCCUACUGUUUGCGCUCCUGGUACUGGCUUCUUCCAGUCCUGCUCUAACGGCUUCCGUGGUUGCUGCAAGCAGGAUGCCUGCACUAUUGGAUACUGCCCCUCCAACUAA